GUCAUGGCCAAUGGAGUCAUUAUGUCAAGCCCCUCCAAUAGAUAUCCCCUGAAGGCACAGCUACAGAUCAAUGUGCUAUCUGCGAAAUUAAGAGAAAACAAGAAGAACUGGCUUGGCCCCAGUCCUUAUGUGGAAGUGACAGUCGAUGGCCAGUCCAAGAAAACGGAGAAAUGCAACAACACUCACACCCCCAAAUGGAAGCAGUCACUCACUGUGAUCGUCACUCCCUUCAGCAAACUAAUGUUUCGUGUUUGGAGCUACCAGACGUUGAAGUCAGACUUGUUUUUAGGCCAGGCUAAGCUGCACAUCAGUGAAACACUAAAGGCCAACAACAUGAAAAUUUCUAAGGUGGUACAGACCCUCCAGUUGUACGCUGACAGAGAGCAAACAGAUUGGGUGGGAGACCUGUGUGUCGUUCUGGAUGGCAUGACAGUGGACCCUGAAAUGUUCGCCAAAGCAGAGGCAGACGGUCAAAGUACAUAUAAUGGAGGAGCAUCUCACUUUAAUGGGGAUCCCACAUUGAGGCCAAAUCGAGACAGCUUUCCAACUGUUGCCAGUGUGGAGCACAGAGUCUCUCCCAGCCCUCAGAGGACAGCAAACAGCAGAGGUUCUCCAUCAUUGGGCGGGAAGCCGUUUCGACCACCGAGACCAUCCAGGCCUCCUCCCCCAACUCCUCGCAGACCAACUUCUUCACCAGCAUCUUCUGGAAAUGGCUCCGCUCCUACAGAGGCUAGUGAGGGCCCUGCAUCUGCUCCAGACUCCAGUCCUUCAACAUCCUCCACACCGGGAGCUGCAGAAACCAGCAACACCACACCUUCCCUCCCUCCCAGAGUACCCUCCAACAAUGGACCAUUACCCCCUGGAUGGGAGCGGAGGGUGGAUCAGAAUGGCAGGGUGUAUUAUGUGGAUCACAUUGGAAAGAAAACAACAUGGGAACCACCCGAAUCACUUCCUCCAGGAUGGGAGUGUCGAUUGGACGAAAUAGGCCGUCCCUACUAUGUAGAUCACACCACACGAACCACCACAUGGCAGCGCCCCACAAUGGAGUCAGUACAUAACUAUGAACAGUGGCAGCACCGGCAAAACCAUCUGCAGGGCGCCAUGCAGCAGUUCAACCAGAGGUUUAUGUAUGAGGAUCAACAGAAAAUGUCAGCUCCUCAGAACAAGGGAUUUGAUCCUCUCGGCCCGCUGCCUCCUGGAUGGGAAAAGAGGACUGACUCAAACAAUAGAGUUUACUUUUUACAUCACCCAACACGCUCAACACAGUGGGAGGACCCACGAACACAGGGAUUACUGAACGAGAAGCCGCUCCCAGAAGGCUGGGAGAUGAGGUUCACUGUAGACGGCGUUCCUUAUUUUGUAGACCACAACAGGAGAACCACCACCUACAUCGACCCUCGCACAGGAAAAUCCUCACUUGAAAAUGGAAGACAGAUCACAUAUGUUCGAGACUUCCAGGCCAAAGUUCGGUACUUCAGAUUUUGGUGCCUGCAACUGGCCUUACCUCAGCACAUCAAGAUCAUAGUUUCAAGGCAGAACCUCUUUGAAGACUCUUUUCAGCAGAUAAUGAGCAUCAAUCCCCAGGAUCUGAGAAGAAGGUUGAUGGUCAUUUUUCCGGGAGAGGAAGGUCUUGAUUAUACAGGUCUUUCCAGGGAGUGGUUCUUCCUGUUGUCCCACGAGGUUUUGAACCCCAUGUACUGCCUGUUUGAAUAUGCUGGCAAUGAUAACUACUGUCUUCAGAUCAACCCUGCUUCCUCCAUCAACCCUGACCACCUCAAGUACUUCAGGUUCAUUGGACGGCUUGUUGCAAUGGCUCUUUUCCACGGCAAGUUUAUCGACACUGGUUUCUCGCUGCCAUUUUACAAACGCAUGCUCAACAAACCUUUGACUGUCAACGAUCUGGAGUCCAUUGAUCCUGAGUUUUACAACUCCCUCAUGUGGAUCAAGGAUAACAACAUCGAGGACUGUGGUUUAGAGAUGUUCUUCUCAGUUGAUAAGGAGUUCCUUGGAGAAAUCUCCACCCAUGAGCUUAAACCGGGUGGAGGAGACAUCCCCGUCACCGAGGAAAACAAGGAGGAAUACAUCAAGUUGGUAGCAGAGUGGCGGCUGUUUGGUGGAGUAGAAGAUCAGAUGGAAGCGUUCUUUGAAGGCUUUAAUGAGAUUAUCCCUCAGCAGUACCUGCAGUAUUUUGAUGCUAAAGAGUUAGAGCUGAUGCUGUGUGGAAUGCAGGAGAUUGAUCUUGGAGACUGGCAGAGAAACACCAUCUACAAACACUACACUAAGACUAGUAAACAGAUAGUCUGGUUCUGGCAGCUGAUGAACGAGAUUGACAAUGAAAAGAGGUUAAGGCUGCUGCAGUUUGUCACCGGCACUUGUCGUCUGCCUAGUGGAGGCUUCGCUGAGCUUAUGGGAAGCAAUGGUCCUCAGAAAUUCUGCAUUGAGAAGGUGGGAAAGGAAUCCUGGCUUCCCAGAAGUCACACAUGCUUUAACAGACUGGACUUGCCGCCCUAUAAGAGCUACGAAAAACUGAAAGAGAAGUUGCUCUACGCCAUAGAGGAGACGGAAGGAUUUGGACAGGAGUAAAAAGACUAGACAUUUUGGUG